GGGCUCAGGAGGGGCGGAGCCGGCGGCGGAGAGUGAUUCGGGCGGGCGUAACUGCGAACUUUUGUUUGGUGUGUUGUGUGAGUUAGUUUCCGCCGCCGGGACAGAGGCGCCGGCCGGGCUGGGCCGGGCUCGGGGAAGCGCCGCACGGCCAGAGUUGUUUUGCCAGUUGCCGCGGGCGGGUCGGCUUCCCGACCGAGGGGUGAGAAGGACCGGCGACAACAGGACGAGCCCGCGGCCCGGGGAGCGGGGCAUGCGGGACUGGGAAUCCGGGCUCUAAGCCGCCGAGCCCCGCCAGGGAAGCGCCGGGGGGUCCCGACGGAACCAUGGAUCCAGGGCAGCCUCAAACGCAGCAGCCGCCGCAGGCAGCGCAGCCCCCGGCUUCGCAGCAGCCGCAGCCGCAGCCCCCUGGCCCGGUGUCGGGGGCCCCGGCCGGCGCGGCGCAGCCCCCAGGUGCGGGGCCCCCUCCGGCGGGGCACCAGAUCGUCCAUGUGCGGGGCGACUCGGAGACCGACUUGGAGGCGCUGUUCAACGCAGUGAUGAACCCCAAGGGCGCCAACGUGCCACACACGCUGCCCAUGCGACUGCGGAAACUGCCCGACUCCUUCUUCAAGCCGCCCGAGCCCAAGGCCCACUCCCGCCAGGCCAGCACUGAUGCCGGGACAGCAGGAGCUCUGACCCCACAGCAUGUCCGAGCUCAUUCCUCUCCAGCAUCACUGCAGCUGGGAGCUGUUUCUCCAGGGACACUUACACCCUCUGGAGUAGUGACUGGACCUGGAGCUCCAUCUUCUCAACACCUCCGCCAGUCUUCUUUUGAGAUCCCUGAUGAUGUACCUUUGCCACCAGGCUGGGAGAUGGCUAAGACACCAUCUGGACAGAGAUACUUUCUUAAUCACAUUGAUCAAACAACAACAUGGCAAGAUCCUAGGAAGGCCAUGCUUUCCCAGAUGAAUGUUACAGCUCCCACCAGUCCUUCUGUGCAGCAGAACAUCAUGAACUCAGCAUCAGGCCCACUCCCCGAUGGAUGGGAACAAGCUAUGACCCAGGAUGGAGAAAUUUACUACAUAAACCAUAAGAACAAGACCACAUCUUGGCUAGACCCAAGGCUUGACCCACGCUUUGCCAUGAAUCAGCGAAUCAGCCAAAGUGCUCCAGUCAAACAGCCACCUCCUCUGGCUCCUCAGAGUCCCCAGGGUGGUGUGAUGGGAGGGAGUAGCUCCAAUCAGCAACAACAGAUGAGACUUCAGCAGCUACAGAUGGAGAAAGAAAGGCUGAGACUGAAGCAUCAAGAACUGCUUCGGCAGGUGAGGCCACAGGCAUUGCGGAAUAUCAAUCCCAGCACAGCAAAUUCUCCAAAACAUCAGGAAUUGGCUCUCCGUAGCCAGCUUCCAACAAUGGAACAAGACGGUGGAUCUCAAAACCCCGUGUCAUCUCCUGGAAUGUCUCAGGAACUGAGAACAAUGACUACAAAUAGUUCUGAUCCCUUUCUUAACAGUGGAACAUAUCACUCCAGAGAUGAAAGCACAGAUAGUGGACUUAGCAUGAGCAGUUACAGUGUACCCAGAACCCCAGAUGACUUCCUGAACAGUGUUGAUGAGAUGGAUACAGGUGACAGUAUCAGCCAAAGUAACAUACCAUCCCAUCAGAACCGUUUCCCAGACUACCUUGAAGCCAUUCCAGGGACAAAUGUGGACCUUGGGACACUGGAAGGAGAUGGAAUGAAUAUAGAAGGAGAAGAACUGAUGCCAAGUCUGCAAGAGGCUUUGAGCUCUGACAUCCUUAAUGACAUGGAAUCUGUCUUGGCAGCCACCAAGCUAGAUAAAGAGAGUUUUCUUACUUGGUUAUAGGGGCCUCAGGGAGACUGAAUUCUAAAUCUGUGAAGGAUCUAAGGAGAUUAGGACAUCUGUAUCUGAAGUUCAGAACAAGCAAGUGUGGUGCACUUUGGCUUGUGUUCAGAAAAAGUACAUGAACAAAUACUCAACAAAUUUGUUUGGGUUUGCUCUUCCUUGUCCAUCGCUGCUGUUGUAUAUUGCUGACUUUUUUUCACAGUUGACUCUGAAGAACAGACAUCUUCUUGAUCUUUUUCUAUUGCUGUUGCAACUACUGUUGGAGGGGGGUGGGGAGGGAUGAUGAACCUAUUUUGGAUGACGAAUGCCAUUCCUUUUGUCCUAGUGUGCGCUUGCGUAUCAUUUUAUCUAAGUACUCAGAUUUGAGAGUUAAUUUCUGCAUGUCACUGCUUGUAGUUUGCUCAGCUAGUUAUCUCCUGCUGCCUGUGGCAAGUGGUAAAACAUGACAUACUGGGGUGACAAGCCAAAAAUGAUGUAUCUGGUCAAAAGAAGUCAAUACUGAUUUGGAGAUACGACGUAAAGGAGGGCUGAAGACUGUUUGGCAUUAAGUGUUCCUUCUAGUAGCUCUUGCAUUAGCCACAAAGUGCUCUUGUUUGUAUUUUAUGUUAUAGUAAAUCAUGAGUCAUUUUACAUAGAAACAUAUAUGAACUUUGAUUGUUGCCACAUACUCUAGCCUAACUUCCAUUUUUCAAAAAUACUUUGAUUAUUUUUGUUAGUUGGUUUAACUGUAGCUGUAGGAUGGGAAGUAAUUAUAGGUGUUCUGGGUUGUUUUUUUAAUAGUGAAAUCUAAGGGUUUUUUCUGAUUUCACACAGUCUUAUUUAAAUCUAAAUUGUCUGCUUUUUUUUAUACUUAAACCAUGCCUAUUGUAGCCUGAUAAGCUAGUGAGUACAUAAACCAGUAUGUUUUGCCUGUAACUUUUUUAUUUUUUUAAAGGCUAGCUUUGAAUGUAAUCAUUAGAUUUCAUGACCAGUGGCUUAUUUUUCAUGUGUAUUUGCAAGACUUUGAAUUAGAAUCUGAUUACAGCAAUGUAAAAGUUAAAAUCCUUUGUCAUGUGUACAAAUUUGAAAUGCAUCUUAAAGUAGCAGAACCAUUUUAAAAUUACAUCUAAUCUCUCUUCUGGUUUUCAGUUUUGAUCUCAGUGAGUUCAGAUUUUAAAAUUCUUAAUGGGAAAAAAAAAAAAUCUAUGAAAAGUUUCUCUUAGGUUGUCAUGGACAAUAAUUCUGAACUAUUAAUAUCACAGUGUGUUGCAAUGAAAAGGCUAGAACACCAAAAAACUUCUCAAUAAAAAUUUCUAAGUGUAAUAGUUAUCAAGUUCUGUUUGGUGAAAAAUAAGCCCUGGACACUAUAUGUAGAAGAAUGUAAAGAUACGUGUUAGAUGGUGACAUGAGCAGGUAAUGAAGUGUAUAUUAGUAGUAGAGCAUAGCAUGGGGUAGAGGUGAAUAUGAAUCAUUUUUAUUUUAACAGGAAAAGAUGUAUCACUAAGUUGUCUGCAGGAGUUGACACAAGUUUCCAAAGAGUAUUUUUAAAUGAACAAAAUGAGCGUGAAUCAAACUUUCAAUAUAAGCUAUGAAUUUUUGUGGGGUUUUUGGGUUUUUUCUGAUGAAAAAUAGUGUCACCAGUUAACACCUCUAUAAUUAAGGGCUUAUCACCAUUCUCAACAGUGAGCCUUUAUUUUCAAGGGUGUAUAACAUGACUAUAAAGAUACUGUAAGUGUGAAACUUAGUUUUGGAAAAAAACUCUCAGUUAGCAGGGACUUCUCCUGAGGAGAGAUUUUUUGGGGUUUAUUGUUUUGCAUUUUUUUUCAAGACACUGAUUAUUUUUUAAGCUAGGAACAAAUCAGCAAAACAAACAAAAACCCCCAUGAUAUUACUAUUGCCAUUUGGAUUUUUUUUAUGCUUCAGAAAUAAUUCUGGUUUAGGAUGAUGUAAAGAAUGAAAACUCUUAAUCAAAUCCUAUUUUUAAAACGGAAGCAGCAGAGGCAGAGAUUUGAAAUUUGCCACUAUAAAUGUACAUUUACUACUUUACAUAAAUGUAUUAGUGUUUGAAAAACACAAAAUUUUAUGGCUUGUUAUGGGAUACAGGCAAGUUUUAAAAUAAUAAUUUUUAAAAACACAUUCACAAUGAUAUAUAUUCUGCUACACCAAUAAUUCAGUGAUUAAUAGGCCACUUAUAUUGUGCAAUGACACAGUAGCUCCUAAAGCAGUGUUAUUGUGUCCAAGAUAGGGAUUUUAGUAGCAUUUUUUAAAUUUCAUUAUGAAUUCCUCUCUCUCCCUCCCUUCAGGAAAAGACACUAAGUUUUCUUAACUUGAACAAUCUGACAAAAAACCACAACAGCAAGGAAAUUCAGAGUUGAUUUUAUUUCAGCUGUCUUCCGCAGUUGUAUCCAGAUAUCAUAGCACAUAGAGAAUCACAGAAUAAGCUGAGUUGGAAGGGACCCAUCAGGAUCAUCAAGUCCAACUCCUGGCCCUGCCCAGGACACUUCAAGCUUCACACAGUGUGCCUGAGAGUGUUGUCCAAACACUUCUAGAACUCUGUCAGGCUGGUGCUGUGACCACUCCCUGGGGAGCCUGUUCCAGUGCCCAACCACCCUCUGGGUGAAGAGCCUUUUCCUGAUAUCCAGCCUAAACCUCCCCUGACUCAGCCUCAGGCCAUUUCCUUGAGUCCUGUCACUUGUCUUGAAAGUGAAGAGAUCUUACCUGCCCCUCCUCUUCCUCUCAUGAGGAAGCUGUAGAACUGCAGUGAGGUCUCCACUUGUUUCCUCCAGGCUGAACAGACCAAGUGACCUCAGCCAUGAGGAUUGGCUUCCCCUCGAGGCCCUUCACACCUUCAUUGCCCUCCUUUGGACACUCUCCAGAAGUUUAAUAUCCCUCUCAUAUGGUGGCACCCAGAACUGCCCCCAGCACUGGUGGUGAGGCUGCCCCAGAGCAGAGCAGAGCAGGACAAUCCCCUCCCUUGCCCAGCUGGCCAUGCUGUGCCUGAUGCCCCCCAGGACAGGGUUGGCCCUCCUGGCUGCCAGGGCACUGCUGGCUCACGUUCAACUUGGCACAGACCAGGACCCCCAGAUCCCUCUCUGCAGCACUGCUCGGCAGCAUCUCAUUCCCCAGUCCAUGCACAGAACCAGAUUUGAUGCACUGAGGGCAAACUCCUGACGUGCUGUACCUCACUACAACAGAAAUGAGUACAGAACAAAUUCUCUUUCCUUGCUUUUGUGUGUUUGUCACAGCUUUAAUAUUUGAAUGUUUUAUUCUCAUUGUAGAAACACUAAAUAGCUUAUACUGUAUUUGGGUAGCAUGGCUUAGGGUAGAUACUGACAAACUGGGAAUCCUUGAACAGCUCUAACAUUAAUUAUGUUUUGUGAUACUUAUUUUAAUUACGACAUUUCCAUUCUCUCACCUGUUAGGAAAUAUACCAGAGGGAUGCUGUACUGUUGGCAAUCAAUAUGAAUUCGGAUUUUUUUUUUUUUUAAAUUCUGCAAAUGCAUUGUUUGAUGAAGUGGUUAAAAUUGUUUGAAAUGCAAAAGUGUUUUGGGUAGUAUUUUAUACUGAUGUAUAUAUUGAAACAGAAAUCAUUGUAAUAAUUGUAAUAGCUGUUAGUUUUAAAUACACUAUAUGCAGACAGAUGGGGCUGUACAGAACUGUACUGUUAACACCCGGGUAGUGCUGCUGCUUGGGAGCAGGUUGCAGUGUCAGUGAAGCAUACGGAUCAAAUAUUGUACCAUUCAGUGUUGGCGCUCACCAAUGCAAAAGGAGAAGAGAUGGUUUCAACAUGAUUAACACUACAUGGUAAAUUAGUACUACAGUGACCUUUUCACUUACAAGCAUGUUUUUUAUACAAAUUAGCAGGUGUGCUUGUAUAAAACAAUUUGUGUUCUGUAUCAUGGAAAAAGUACUCUCAACAUUUAGAAUCACAGAAUCAUGUUGUAUGUUAGAGAAUUAUGUCCAAAAUUAUAUAUAUUACUUAACAAUGUUAUUUUUAGAUAUGAGCAUGACUGUAAGCUAGGUACUUAAAUACAUUCUGUUACAUUAUUUUUCUUUAUGUAAUACUUUUUCAGUUGUUUUAUUUGGUAUAAAUAUAUACUUUGUGCUUAAACAUCUUUGUUCGUUUUUAACAUUCAAUAGUAUGUUAAGACAUGAUUUCCUUCAGUAAGAUAGUUGCAUUGAAUUGUUGGAAUGCCUAUUGUAGUGCGUCUGUUCUUGUCCCCCUUGUCAUUGCUUUUGUAGUUGUAAACUCCAGUUCUGCAAAUAUGGUGUGCAAGCUCACCUGAGAGACAAAUGAGUUCCACUGGCUUCAGUAAAGGCUUAACAUUAAAGUGUACAUGUCUGUGUGCUUGCAGGAAUGAAGAGACAGUGACUCUGGUGAGCGUCAUGCAGCUUGUGUAAAACAAUACUUUUAAUUGCAAAUGGCACUAUAGUGAGACCUGGUAACAGAACAUCUGGGUAUCUACUAGAAGAAAGCAUCCACUUUUUGCAGAUAAUGCUUGCCAUGUUCGGAUGGCAGAUACAUUUUUGGCUAACUUUUAAGUUUAUGCAUUAAUUUGUGGCAGACUAUCAAUAAAGACACACUAUUUUUAUUUCCAA